UCUUACACCAAAUCCUUGACGCGAAUACGCGCAUAUCCGUCUCAAAGAGCCCAGACGCCCACGCCGCCGUUUGAAGACCCCCUCGUUCUCUCUCUUCUCCUGUCUAUCUUUCUCUCAAAAUCUCAAUUGCGUCAACAAUUCACCGCCGACGAAGGUUGUGUGCUUUGGAAAGACGAACUGAUCAUGAAGCAUCAUCUGAAUGACUAGGGCAUUAUGUCUCGCCUGAUUGAUGGUCUCCCUGAUGAAGUUGCUAUCCAGUGCCUUGCACGUGUGCCUUUCUACUUCCAUUCCAUGCUACAGCUAGUUUGUCUCUCGUGGAGAGCUGCCCUUCGUAGUCCCCAGCUCUUUAAGGCUCGCUGCGAGGUUGGUGCUUCAGAAGAACUGCUUUGUGUCUUGGCAUUUGAGCCUGAAAACAUCUGGCAGCUCUAUGAUCCUCGUAGUGACUGUUGGAUGACUCUUCCUGUCAUGCCAUCAGAAAUCAGGCAUCUUGCUCGUUUUGGUGUGGCCUCCAUUGCUGGGAAGCUCUUUGUGAUUGGCGGUGGCAGUGAUGGGGUCGAUCUAUUGACUGGAGACCAUGAUGGGAUCUUCGCCAGCAAUGAAGUUUGGUCCUAUGACCCCCUCCGCCGUGAAUGGACACAACAGGCUCCAAUGCUUGUACACCGUGCCAUGUUUGCAUGUUGCACAUUGAAUGGUAAGAUCAUUGUAGCAGGUGGCUUCACAAAUUGCAGGAAAUCGACAUCGAAGGCCGAGAUUUAUGAUCCUGAGGCUGAUGUGUGGGAACCCCUUCCAGAUCUCCGGCAUACCCAUACCUCUGCUUGCUCUGGGGUUGUCAUCGGAGGGAAGAUGCAUGUCUUGCACAAAGGGCUUUCAACUGUUCAAAUAUUGGAGGAUGAGGAGCAGCAAUGGGUUGUCGAGGACUAUGGUUGGCUGCAGGGUCCAAUGGCAGUGGUCCAUGGGGAGCUGUACGUGUUGAGCAACAGCUGCAUUUCUAAGCAGCCAGCAGAGAAUGUGCCUGAUGAGGUUGUAUCAUCUGCAUCGGAGUUCCAGAGCCGGAUUGGGUUUGGUAUGAUUGGACUGGGAGGUGAGAUAUACGUCAUUGGAGGAGUGAUUGGACCUGGCCCACGGAAUCAAUGUAUCAAGCAGCUGUCUGAUGUAGAUGUUCUCAAUGUGAGGAGUGAGAGACCGACCUGGCGUCCAGUGUCACCCAUGACCCAUUGCUGUGGGAGCAUUCUGGGGUGUGCUUUACUGAGGAUUUAGAUUCUGCAAGAUCUUGGUGGGAUUCUUAUUGGUGACAGGUGCUUCUCUCUAUUUUGAGGAUGAAAAGACAGGGAGCUUAUUAUUUGUUUGAGAUUAUCCUCUUCAUUUCUUUGGGCUCCUUUGUUUUCAUGUUGUAUUAUUGUAAUAGCUUUGAGAGGAGCUGUUUUAGCUUUUAAAAGGGAUGGAAAAUUGGGGUCAUUCAGACUCAAUGAGACAAGUGAUCUGUUAUUGUGGCGCAUUGUCAAUCAUCAUAUACACCUCUGUUGUUGGGUCUACACCAACAUAUAAGCUUUGAAUGCAAGAACUAAUGGAAAGGUUUGUGCCUUUAUUUCCAUCUA